AUGCCGUCACGUCGAACACAUCAGAAGUCGCGCUAUGGCUGUAUAAACUGCAAACACAGGCGGGUAAAGUGCGAUGAACUACGACCAAAAUGCUCCAAUUGUUUGAGAAGAGACAGUCAAUGCGAGUAUGACUCGGCUGCUUCAUUACGAUGGAUACACGGCGCCGCGUUUUGCCAGCAGUCAACGACAGAUGAUGCGGCGAAUGACCAACAAAGUGGGACAGUCACAAUGGAGCGGAGUGGCCUAAUGCUCCCCAAGAGAUGUACCAGGUUAGAUGAUUCGGUUGUCCCUCCCAUUCUAAACCUCGUCGAUCUAGAGCUCUUAAUGCACUGGAAGGACUCAACGUAUCAAAUAUUUUGUCGAAACCCGCACACACACACUAUCUGGCAAUCUUUGGUCCCGCAGGAAGCACUCAAGGAACCAUUUCUUAUGCACGGUAUUUUGGCGCUCUCUGCCGUACACCUUGCGCAGACGAAGAGCAUGAAUCUAAGACCAACCUAUAUCAGCACUGCUGUAUCCCACCAGAAUCAAGCACUGACAACAUUUCGUUCAUCACUCCAUAACAUAAAUGCGUCUAACUCCGUGGCAAUGUUUGCAUUUGCCAGUAUUGCUACUGUUCAUUCAUUUGCAUUCCCCCAAGAACCUGGGUCUCCCGAUCCCCGAUUUACCGUCGAUGACCUCUGUCAGGUAAUUGUCUUUGCGCAGGGUGUACAUCAAAUCUCAGUCAGUGCUGCUGAUUACCUGCAAAACAGCAUUUUCAAGCCAUUACUCCAGUGGGAUGGCUUGGAGCAAAGGCUCACAGACGAUGCACGUUUAUCUUUCGAAAAGCUGCGUGAAGCAAUUUAUGUUCUUGACACAGAGAGUACGCACCAUGCUUAUCUCAAGACCAUUGAUGGUAUACAGGACAGUCUAGCUGAAAUACUAGGCGGGUUCCACGGAGUGGCUGCAGCUACUAGAGUCGCGAUCAGGAUGCCAGUAAUAUAUGUGGCUUUGCUACGCAACUACGACCCCCUGGCAUUAGUAAUUCUGUGUCACUAUUGCGCUGUCUUACAUCGGCUGAGGCAUAACUGGUGCCUCGAAGACAGGGGUGCACGGGCUGCUCGCGCGCUGUGGUUCAUCAUAGGUGACGAAUGGAGGCAUUUGAUGCAUUGGCCGAUGCAAGAUAUAUUCGGACCUGAUUUUUUGGCUCGCCUGGAAGAAAUUAGUAUAUAG